UGUAAAAGGCGGAAGUGGAAGCGAAUGUUUUGGUGGAGGCAGAUAAAUCCUCUGGAAGCAACGUGCUCAACUUUUCGAUCGAAUGCAGUUUCCGUAGGAAAUAAAUAAAACCAAACAGAUGCAGAAUGUCGACCGCCAUGAAUUUCGGCACGAAAGCGUUUCAGCCUCGACCUCCUGAGAAAGGAUCGUUCCCUUUAGACCAUUUCGGUGAAUGUAAAGCGUUUAAAGAGAAGUUUAUGCGCUGUCUCAGAGACAAAAACUUUGACAACACUAUGUGUCGACUACAGUCCAAAGAGUACCUAGAGUGUAGAAUGGACAGGCAGUUGAUGGCGAAGGAGCCUUUAGAGAAGCUCGGUUUCAAAGACAUGAUGGACCAAGUGGAAGAGGAAAACCAGGAGAAACCCUGAUGACAAUGAUGAAUUGUGUUAUUAUUUAUCUAAUUGUAUUUUGUCCCCAGUGUGUAAAUUAAUCUGAUGUAUAAAAGUGUUUGAUAUA